CGACUGAUCUGCCACACCCAGAUCUCCCCCUGGACAAAGGAGUCAUUGAAGAUGGCCACAUUCGAUUCGAUAUACCUCAGACUUUGAUUCCCCCUUCAAGAAGUGUCACGUUCACCAUUGAAUGCCUCACAAGCAUCGGCAGUAUUCUCGAGGAGACUUACGAAUUCAAACUGGCAAGGAGUGCCCCUUUCGAAGUGAAAAUGCCACUCGGAGAUCUUCGUCGUAGGGAGUUGCUGUAUUUUCGUUCACAUUACGCCAAAAUUGUCACACAUUACGUCAACAUGGCCAAACACUAUGAUCAACUCCUCCGCUCCCACGAAGCACAGGAACUCGAAAGUCUGCCAAAACUUCGCCAUCUUUCCGUCAAUCUGCCGGUCUUCUACCAUGGGCCCCAUUCCGACGCGCGAGCUUGUCGACAGCAGCGGUCACCUGUUUCCCCUACCAACAUCUCGGCAGGCGGCUUCGCUUCAGAAGAUACAUCGUUCGACGACCGCAGUAAUACGACCACGCCGCUCUUGCAAAGAAGCGAUCCGUUCCUGGAUCUGCGAGUACGAUCGAGUCCUUCAUGUUCGUCUGACAGCGAACUCGAAGUUCAACAUGGAGACUGUUACCCCGAUCCUCAGCACGUCAAGAAGGAACAAGACGACUUAGGCAAUGAGGACGAUGCCACCGACUUCGUCCAGUUGGGGGAAGGCAGGUGUUGACCGCUCAACGCCUCGCCUCCUUCCAUCAAAUAGUUCAAGGAGUAGUUGGAGCACUUGCGCCUCGGUCCAGGACAGCUUCAAGGGCUGGCCGGAGUGCGGCCCUUCUUUUCUUCAGCCAUUCUGUUACACCUUGAUACAUUCCUGAACCCUUUUGCAUCUCUAAUUAGGA